AUGUUGCGCUACCGCCGCUACCGCGCCUUCGUCGUCUUCGCCGUCCUGACGGUGCUGGUGCUCUGGCAGUUUGCCGGCUCUGAAACAUGGACCUCGAGCAGCUUGGGGUCCAGCCUGUCGGGAGCUGGUAGCUCCAGCUCGAGCUCUCACGGCUCCGUGCCCGCCGCCGACGACAUACCCGACGCUCUCGCUCCGCCCAAGAGCAACAACUACGGCAGCCCCAUCGCCACCGAGGACAAGGACGAGGUGCCUGAUGUCGAGGUACCGCAGGCUGAGAAGCCCGAGGACCAGCAGGAGCCGCCCGCCCUGCCCCAGCCCAGCAAGCCUGUGCAGGGCAAGCCGCCACCGGCGUUUGAGGACGAGGACUCGUUCUACCUCGAUGGCGAUACCCCGACCAGUCCGCACGAGCCGCAGGUUGUGGUGCCGCAUGAGGGCGGCGAGGGCCGCAAGGAAAUAGAAGAUGAGGAGAAAGCGAUUCACUGGCACAAGUUGGAGGAACACUUCCCUGUGACGUCAACGAUCCAGCUGCCCGCAGGCUCGCCCAAACCGGUCCCCAAGAUCCAGGCCACCUUCCCGAAGGAGUCCUCAGCCGAGGUAAAGGAGCGCAAGGCUCAGCUUAUGGCUAUCAAGGAGGCCAUGACCUUCUCGUGGAACGGAUACCGCAAGUACGCAUGGAUGAAAGAUGAGCUGUCGCCCGUCUCCAACGGCAGCCGCAACCCUUUUGCCGGUUGGGGCGCCACGCUGGUGGAUGCGCUGGAUACGCUAUACAUCAUGGGCAUGGAGGACGAGUUCGAAGAGGCGGUUGCGGCUGUGGCGGAGAUCGACUUCACCACGACAUUCCGCAAGGAUAUCCCGCUGUUCGAAACGGUUAUUAGGUACCUGGGCGGUCUGAUCGCAGCCUACGACAUCAGCGGAUUGAAGCACAGGAUCUUGCUGGACAAGGCUGUGGAGCUGGCCGAAGUUUUGAUGGGUGCGUUUGAUACGCCGAACCGCAUGCCCAUGACUUUCUACUAUUGGAUGCCCACAUACGCGUCACAACCGCACCGUGCUGGCACGCGCGUCGUCCUUGCGGAGAUCGGCUCCCUUUCCGUCGAAUUCACUAGGCUUGCCCAGCUCACCAAGGAGCCGAAGUACUACGACGCCAUUGCCCGCAUCACCAAUGCAUUCAUGGAGUGGCAGGACACCCUCCUGCCUGGAAUGUGGCCAGUUCAUGUUGACGCUUCCGGUUGCAAGAGGCCGGAGCAGCCCGAGCUAGGAGAACCCGCCAAGUCGGCCCACCCGCCCUUGAAGGCCGAGGAGAAAUUGAUCGCGGAAAGCCACGUCAACAAGAACAACCCGGAAAGAUUCGGUGGCAAGAACCCGGUUCCAGAUGACGACCAUGAUGAUAUCUCGGACGACUUGGUCAAGCGUCAGCUGGACGACCCGCUCUCCCUCUCCAAGGCGGCUAUCGAUGAGGCUGAGGAUGAGGUUCGCACAGAAAAGGCGUCUUCUUCCGUUGAGAAGGAUGCAACUUUCACCACCAAGACCAAGCCGACGGCAACGCUGGCGGACUGUGCACCCCAGGGUCUGGCGCCUGCUAGCAUUCACGGAUCUCAACAGUUUACCCUUGGCGGAAUGUCUGACUCGAUGUACGAAUAUUUCCCCAAGGAAUAUCUUCUUCUUGGUGGCCUCGCUCCGGAAUAUCAGGAAUUGUACGAGAAGUCUGCAGACGCAGUGAAGUCCGACCUCCUUUACAGGCCCAUGCUGCCUGAUGGCUCCCCUGACAUGCUCUUCUCCGGCACCCUGAGCGUUACUCCUCCUGACAAGAAGAGCAGAAAGGCCGUGAAGAGGCUUAAGCACGAGGGAACCCACUUGACCUGCUUUGCCGGCGGCAUGUUCGCCUACGGUGCGAAGAUCUUCAAGCGCACGGAGGACGUAAAGAUUGGUGCUGAGCUGACCGAGGGAUGCGUGUGGGCCUAUAACGUCACUGCCACAGGCAUCAUGCCCGAGUCUUUCCUCCUAACCCCCUGCGAUGACCUCACCGGUUGCGAGUGGAACCAGACCAGGUGGCACGAGGAGCUCGACCCGAACGCAGAUAGCAGGCAGGAGACGUACCAGCGCCAGCUCAAGCACUACAGCUCGCAGGUCGCCAUCGCCCGCGCCAAGGCCACCGCAACCUCCACGGCCCUCCCCGAGUUUGGCAUCGCGACCGCUGCCGCCGACGCUGAGGCCAUACCUACCAAUGCUAUUCCGAAUGCUGGUCCCGUCAACCGUUGGGACCGCAGGCAACUAGGUGGAGUAGAGAACGAUGUCAACAAACCGACCAGGACGACGUACAGCGACGCCCACGAGCCGGCCGCUGAUGUGCUGAAGGAUGACGCGGAGGACAUGAAUGAUCCGGCCAUCUCGCACAUUUGGAAGCCACAGAAGCCGCUCACCCACGAGGCGUAUGUUGACAGACGUAUUAAGGAGGAGAGGUUGCCUACGGGCUUCACGAGGGUGGAGUCGAGGCAUUACAUCUUGAGACCCGAGGCUAUCGAGUCCGUCUGGUACAUGUACCGUAUCACAGGCGACCGUUACUGGCGCGAGGCCGGAUGGAACAUGUUCACGGCCAUCCAGACGUACUGCCGGGCUGAGUUCGGUUACUCGGCCAUCGACGACAUCACCAAGUCCGCUCCGACCCUGAAAGAUGAGAUGGAGAGCUUUUGGCUUGCGGAGACGCUGAAGUACUUCUGGCUGCUUUUCGCCGACGAGGACGUGGUCAGUCUCGACGAGUGGGUGCUUAAUACCGAGGCGCAUCCGUUCAGGCGACCGGAUGCAGGACCUUGGCCGCCGAAGGCUUGA